GCCGUCGCGCAGUCUCCGCUGCUGAACUGAUUGAGCAGCAGACGUUGAAGAGCAAGAGGUGGGAGAAGACAACCGAAGGGCCUCGUCUUUUGUUUUAUUAAAAAAAAAGGUCUGUUUAAACAAAUAAUUUCGAUGGCCGUUCAGUGUGUAUCCAAAGUUGAGCUAUCCAUCUCCUGCAAUAAUCUCCUGGAUAAAGAUGUUGGAUCCAAAUCUGAUCCCCUCUGUGUUCUGCUGCAGAGCGUUGGUGAUGACAAAUGGACAGAGGUAGACCGCACAGAGAGAGUGAAGAAUUGCCAGGAUCCCGAGUUCUCUACAAAACUUCACAUUGACUACUACUUUGAGAAGGUGCAGAAACUGAAGUUUGGCAUCUAUGACAUUGACAACAAGUCUGUCAAUCUCAGCGACGAUGACUUUCUUGGAGGCUUUGAAACCACCCUUGGCCAGAUUGUGUCAAGCAAGAAGAUUACCAGACCCCUGCAGCUCAAGGCAGCCAAACCAGCUGGCAAAGGCACAAUAACGAUUUCAGCUGAAGAGGUGAAGGACAACCGGGCUAUUGUGCUAGAAGUGGAAGCCAAAGGCCUGGAUAAAAAGGACAUGUUUGGGAAGUCUGAUCCAUUCCUGGAGUUUUUCAAGCAAGGAGAAGAUGGGAAGUGGCAGCUUGUUCACAGGACAGAGGUCAUCAAGAAUAAUCUGAAUCCAUCUUGGAAAAAGUUCACUGUCUCCUUGCAUACAUUCUGUAAUGGUGACCUGAACAAACCAAUUAAGGUUCAUUGUAGUGAUUGUGAUAGUGAUGGAUCUCAUGAUCUCAUCGGUGUGUUUGAAACUAAUGUGUCAGAUCUGCAGAAAGCAGUUCAUGGUUCCCCGGUUGAGUUUGACUGCAUUCAUCCAGAGAAGCAGAAGAAGAAAAAAAGUUAUAAGAACUCUGGAGUCAUCAGGAUUAAAGAUUGCAAGCUUGAGGCACAGUACUCAUUUCUGGAUUACGUGAUGGGAGGUUGCCAGAUUAACUUCACGGUGGGGAUUGACUUCACUGGGUCUAAUGGAGACCCCCGUUCUCCUGACUCUCUGCACUAUCUAAGUCCUAAUGGGGUGAAUCAGUAUCUGUCAGCAAUCUGGUCCGUUGGUCUGGUAGUGCAAGACUAUGACACUGAUAAACUUUUCCCGGCCUUUGGAUUUGGUGCUCAAGUGCCUCCAAACUUCCAGGUAUCCCAUGAGUUUCCAUUGAACUUCAAUCCCAAUAGCCCUUAUUGCCAAGGAGUGCAAGGCAUUGUAGAUGCGUACCGCGCGGUUCUGCCUCAAGUCCGUCUCUAUGGUCCCACCAAUUUCUCACCCAUUAUAAACCACGUGGCCCGAAUUGCAGCCGGAGCUGCCCAGCAGCCAAAUGCAGCUCAAUACUUUGUGCUGUUGAUUAUUACUGAUGGGGAGAUCACUGAUCUUGACCAGACCAGGCAAGCCAUUGUGAACAGCUCCAAACUGCCCAUGUCCAUCAUCAUCGUGGGCGUGGGAGAGGCGGACUUUAAAGCCAUGGAGUUUCUGGAUGGAGACAAUGGAGUUCUCAAAUCCUUGUCUGGAGAGCCGGUGGUCAGAGAUAUUGUGCAGUUUGUGCCCUUCAAACAGUUUGCCAAUGCCCCUAAAGAAGCUCUGGCUCAGAGCGUUCUAGCUGAGGUGCCAAAUCAACUGGUGUCAUACUUUAAAAUGAGUAAUCUGGCUCCUGUCAACCCCCCCUCACCCACCAAGUAGACACAGGUUUGCAAUGGAGACUGAAUCAUAGAAGUGAAAAUAAAAAGGCUACGGGAUUACUUACACUGACUGUGGACCACCACUAGAGAGAACCACUGCUCUAUGGUUUUAUGGAUGUUUUAGUUACGAAAACCACCAAAAUUAAACCUGUUUUAUUUUUUCUUAUUAUGCAAACUGUUUUCCCUUGCCACAUUUGUAUUUCUUAUAUUUGUUUUUUUAAGAGGUUUUUUCACCGAUAUUUCACAAUUGAACUAUUCUUGUUGGGCUGGAAAUUAGUUUAUAUGAAUGCUACUUUUUUUUAAAGAUUUAGUUACAUAUUUUUUAUAUUUUUGGUUAUGGAUACAAUAAUUCUAGAUGCCUUAGUUGCCUUUAACCAUGGCAAGAUUUGAAAUCACUUUUAGCCUCUUAUAUGCAGAUAUCAUUAUGCUUUAUGGCACUUGUGCUGCUUUUUUUAAGCAGCCAUUAGCAAUUUGAAUUUGAAAUGCUGGUAUAUGCAAAGCCUCGCACUUUCUGCUUCAUAUUAGUUAUCAGAGCAAAGUAAAUAACUAAACUAAUUUGUCCUCUAUGCUGCAAUAAUAGAUAUGAUUAGUAGCUAGAAACUUACCAAAGAAAUCAUUGCAUGUCUUUUGCUAGCUGAAAGAUUACUGAAAAUUAUGUUACCAUUAUGAUGUCAUUGUUUUGAUUGGGAUAUAUUGAGUUAAGGAUCAGUUAGUAAGACCAAGGUUUAAUUUGUUAAUAUUAGUUAACUACACUAGUUAACAUGAACUAACAAUAAACAAUACUUUUACAGCAUUUAUUAUAAUUUGGCUAAUGUUAUUGUCAACAUAUUCUAAUACAAGUCAAAAGUUGUAUUUUGAUAAUACAUUUAUUUGUAAAAAAUCCAUUAUCCAUUGUUAGUUCAUGAUACCUAAUGCAUUUACUUAUGUAAACAAAUGGAACCUUAUUGUAGUGUCAGCAUAAUGAUUAAUAUGCCAAGGAGAAAGAAUUCGAGUAGAACCGGGUUUAAAAUAUUGGUUUGCAGUUAUAUAGGCUUUUUGGGACCAAUGAACAUGUAACUGUUGUUUUUCAUGGUAGCAGUUAUUCUGAGGACAUGUAUGUUGACAUAUAUGUUGGCAAUAAAUACCCAUGCCAUGUAUUUUAAAGAAGCCAUGCUGUUAAUUUGAUUUCACAACUGUUUGCACCUUAAUUGCAUUAUAGUUAACCUGCACUUCACUUGAGCUAAAAAAUGUCAAUUAAGUUAUGCACGCUUAAAAUUACACAGUCUUUUGGGACCAUUAUCUUGGAAUCCUCAUCUCAAUCUAAUUAUUUAAAGUGUAGGGGAAUGUUAUUUGAUUAACUUUUUUUCUGCUUGCCAUUUAUUUUUCUUUGUUAAUCAUAAUGUAUUAUUUUUACACAGCAAAAUCUUUGGUUCUUCUAAAGCCAUCAGAAAUCAUUUAAACUACUUUUUAUAACUGCCAAGAAGAAAUGCUGAAUAAAUGUGCCUUUUUAACGCA